CCGUGCUAUUCUCUUUCUCUCCCUCUUUCUCUCUUUUUAAAACCCAGCCGAAGGUUUCACAGUUCUCUUCCGCUUCCUUCUUUUGACUUUUCAAACUCUUUCUUUUCCUUUUAUUUUAUUCUUUUAAAGCCCAUAUAUUACACCAUGUGCAUCCAUCGGCAAUCUUUCCCUUUUCAGUAAUCUCACCAUCGUCCUAAGGAAUCUUUCUUAUUGAUUUUUGCUCUUGCUUAGUUACAUUGCAACGAUGCCGCAAUCGCGGGAAGCUUCAGAUCUUCCUUCCACGGGUUGCUGCAGUGCCUUUUGGGCUCUCCUCAGUCUCGCUCGUGGUUUCAUCAGACAGCAUGUAGCUUGGAGCCGAUCGAGUGUUAUGGACGUCGUCGCCGCCACCGAUCUUUCUUUUGGGCCGAGCAACACCAGUUCGGGGUUGGAGAGGUCCGAGCCCGAGGCGGCGGCGGCGGCGGUUCGGAUCGGACAGGACGGAGUGUCGAUGCACUUGCCCAUUGGGUCUGUCGAGUCUCUUCACCCGGAUGUGGUCUCAGGGCUUGUCCAUUUGCAUCACUUAGGAAUAAUUCAUCGGGACUUGAUUACUAAGGAAUUCUGUGCCAAGUUAUCUGAUAUGGGCAGCAGUAAAGUCCUCCUCGGGGAUACGUCUUCCUCAGGAUAUCAUGUCGCUGAUUGUGGCGGCUCGAGAUCGCAAGCGCCUGAACAACUUUGUAAUGCGCACCAAACAUGCUCAGUCGAUGUCUUUGGUCUUAAUCAUGUCUCAUUUAUUUGCAUCACUGGCAGACGACAUCCAUUUGGAGAGAGUCUUAAGGGCGAUAGAAAUAUUGAGGAGAAUGUUAUGGAUUUGUCCUCGGUGGAAUUUAUGCCAGAAGCCGCAGAUUUGUUCACUUUUUUACAACGCCCUGAUCCUUACCUGAGGCCAAAGGCAUUGGAGCAUGCCUGUUUAGAGGAUGCAGGCAGGCUUGGUAAUUGUAGGGAUGAUGAUGAGGCUGAUCCUAAUUUGAAGGUGCUUUCCAAGAAGAAGAAACAAGGCAAGUCUAGAAAGAUAAAUCAAAGUCUUGACAACAAGGAUGAGCGUGGUUCUUUAGAGAACGAUGACAGGAUUAGUGAUUGUUGGAGCUACGAUGAGAGUGAUUCUAGUUUGAAGAUGCCUUCCCAGAUGAAAAUACACGUCUCAAUAGAAUGUGAUGGAAGUCUUAACAAAAAGGACGAGCAUGCCCCUUCAGAGAUUGAUGGCAAGCUUGAUACUAAUAGGAUCAAUGAUGAGAGUCAGUCUAAACUGAAAGUGCCUUGCUGGAUAAGGAAAACACACGAGUCUGGAAAGAGAAAUGACAGCCCUGACAGAAAGGACGAGCAUGUCUCUUCAGAGAAAGAAGACAGGCAUGGUAACAGUAGGAGUGGUGAUCAAGGUGAUUUUUAUUUGAAAACACUUUCCAAGAGGAAGAAAAGCUGUGAGUCGGGACAAAGUAAUGGAGGUCUUGGCAAAAAGGAGCAUCAUGUAAUUUCAGAGAAUGAAGGCGGGCCUGAUAAUAGUGUGGGCAAUGAUGAUGCCUGGAUGAACCUAGAGAAACCUGCUGGUGGCGGCACUCCUGGAUGUUGGAUCGGUAAACUCUUUGUAUCAAAUACAGAAAUUGCCAAAGGAAGUAAGGGCACCAUCAUCCUUGAGGGCUUCUAUGAAGGCCGACCUGUCGCAGUGAAGCGCCUCACCCGAGCUCAUCAUUAUGUUGCUUCACAAGAAAUACAGUCUCUGAGAGCAUCUGAUCGAGACCCAAAUAUUGUUCGGUUGUAUGGAGUAGAGAAUGAUCAGAAUUUCAUGUAUCUUGCCCUGGAGCGUUGUGCUUGCAGCUUAGAUGACUUAAUACGAGCACAUUCAAAUUCUUCAGAGAAAUCUGUCUUCCCUGAUGACCUAGCAUCAAAUGCUAUCAUCGAGUACAGAAUACGAUUGGAUUCAGUUAAGGGGACGACGCAGGAUGUUAACUUGUGGAGGGAAGAUGGCCAUCCCUCACCCUUGCUACUCAAACUGAUGAGUUUCUAUCAAUCGGGUCAUAACUGUCAACCAAUGUCUUCAAGUAGGGUUUCUGUUUCUAGCUGCUGUUUAAUCAAUUACAGAUGUCUUGUUGAUUUAAGUCCUAAGAUCCACUAUAUAUUAUCAUAUAGGGAUGUGAUCUCAGGGCUUGUCCAUUUGCAUCACUUAGGAAUAAUUCAUCGAGACUUAAAGCCUCAAAGUGUCCUGAUUACUAAGGAAUUAUGUGCCAAGUUAUCUGAUAUGGGCAGUAGUCAACGCCUCCCCAAGGACACGUCUCCCUCCGGAUAUCAUGUUCCCAAUUGUGGCACCCUGGCAUUGCAUACGCCUGAACAACUCUCUCCUGCGCACCAAAUGUGCUCAGUCGAUCUGUUUGGUCUUGGUUGCAUCUUGUUUUUUUGCAUCACUGGCGGAAAACAUCCAUUCGGAGACGGUCUAAAGGGCGAUAAUAAUAUCAAGGAGUACUCGAUUGACUUGUCCCCCGUGGAAUUUUUGCCAGAAGCUGCAGAUUUGUUCGCUCGUUUACUAAAUCCCAAUCCCAACCUGAGGCCAAAGGCAUUGGAGGUGCUUCACCAUCCACUGAUUUGGAAUUCAAAGACGAGACUGUCCUUUCUCCGAGACGCCAGCGACUGGGUAGAAUUGAAAGCUAGGCGAACUAAUUCUGAUCUUAUGGAAAAAUUGGAGAGCAUUGCUCAGCAAGUUUUCGAUGAGGAAUGGAAUGGAAAGAUAGAUUGUAAAGUCAUCAAGCAUAUGCGUAGGUUCAGGGUCUACAAGUUUGAAAAAGCCAGAGACUUAUUGCGAAUUGUGCGAAACACAUUUUGCCAUGCCAUAGGACUUCCAUGGAAAAUUCAGGAGAUUGUUGGAUCAUCUCCCGAGGAUAUGGACAGCUAUUUCGUGAAGCGAUUCCCCAGACUUCUGAUUGAAACGUACAGAUUCGUCUCCAUGUGCUGCAAAGAUGAUGAACGCUUUCCCUUUCCAGAGUACUUCAGCUGGUGAUCACAAUGGUUUAUCAGCAACGAACUUCGCAAUGACCACAAUUUGCAGGAAGGUUGAUUUCAGCAUCGUGCAUGUCACGAGGAAACGUACACAUUUAAGAAACCUGUAUGUACAUGUGUAUAUGAUGUGUAUGGUUUGUACUAAAUUGCUAUCUAGAGGUGAUGGAUUCGUGCGUGUAUAUGCCUAAAAGAGAAGGCGGAAUUUUCAGAACAUGUUGACCCACUAUCCAUUAGCGUAAGAUAUAUCA